AUGAUAAUUAAAGUAAGAACUUUACAAAAUAACGAGGAAGAAAUAAAUGUAGAUAAAGAUGAUACUAUUUUUGAUUUGAAGAAAAAAGUUGAAAACGUAUUACCGGAUAUGCCUUCUGACAAACAGAAACUAAUUUUUAGUGGAAAAAUAUUAAAAGAUGAAAGUAAAGCUGUAGAUAUAUUAAAUGAAAAUGAUAUUAUUAUAGUUAUGGUAACUAGAAAAAUAUUCAAUAAAAACAAUUCAAAAGAUGACGUAAAUAACACGUCUUCCAAUUCAUUAAAAAACAACGAUAAUAAACUUAAUGAUUCAAAAGUCAAUACUGAUAACAAAGCAUUAAAUAUUAAUGAUAAUAUAAAUGCAUUAAAUAAAAAUGAGCAAAAAAUUGAAGAAAAUGAAAAUAAUAAUAUUGAAAGUAAACAAAUUGAAAACGUAGAUAAUGCUGAAUCAAUGUUAUUGAUAGGAGAAAAAUUAAAGGAGACCAUAGACAAUAUUUGUGCUAUGGGAUUUGAAAAAGAAAAUGUAGAAAAAGCAAUGAUCUUAGCUUAUAAUAAUCCUAAUAGAGCAAUAGAUUACUUAACUAAUGGAUUUCCAGCUUCAAAUGAUACAAAUGAGAAUGCUUAUGAAAGAGAAGAUGUUGGAAAUAUUCCCAAUUUAUCUAACCUUUUAAUAAAUGACAAUUUAUUAGGCGAAAACCAAAGACAGUCUUCAUCACAAAAUCCCGAAUUAUUUAGAAAUUCUCCUUUUUUUAACGUUUUGAGGGAUGUUGCAUUAUCUAACCCUCAAAGAAUACCAGAAAUUUUAGAAAUGAUUGGAAGAACAGAUCCGUCUUUUUUAGAAUAUAUAAGAGAACAUCAAGGAGAAUUUUUGAGAGCUAUUCAAAAUUACAAUAAUGAAAAUGUAGAAAAUGAGCAACCAAAUGAAGCAUCCAUUGAACAAAACAAUCAAAAUAUAAUUGAUCAGAGUAAUGAAAGUUAUAAUAUCCCCAUUACUCCAUUAAACGAAAAUGAAAUGGAAAGUAUUAAAAAAUUAGAAUCAUUAGGUUUUCCUAAACAUAUUGCUUUAGAAGCCUUUAUUGCUUGCGAUAAAAAUGAAGAAAUGGCGGCAAAUUAUUUAUUUGAAAAUAUGAAUGAUUAUUUUUCAGAAUAA